AUGGCGAACGCAGGUACCUUCGAUUAUAUUGUCUGCGGUGGCGGUACUUCGGGAUGUGUAGUCGCAGCACGUCUUGCUGAGAACCCUGAUAUCAGCGUGCUUCUUAUCGAGGCUGGCCAGCAUAAUAAAGAUCUGGAGAAUGUACACAUGGCGGGCGGAUGGUCGAAUAACUUCGACGCCGAGACUGAUUGGAAUUUCGUUACACCCCCAAUGAAAGGCGUAGAUAAUCGCCAGGUGAAGUUGAGUCGAGGUCGCUUUCUCGGCGGCUCGAGUGGUUGCAAUGGCACUCUAUGCAUCCGUGGAUCCAAACAAGAUUACGAUGACUGGGGACUGGAAGGAUGGAGUGGAGAGGAUUUCUUCAAAUACAUGAGAAAGGUAAUGGCCAAGUCGAAGUCAGAGACAUUUCAUCCCAAGCCCUGGUUCAAGGCCGACGCAAAGAGUCACGGCUACUCCGGACCCCUCCAUACAGAACCGCACGACCUUGCCCCAAUUUCUCAGCUACUUUUGAAAUCCCUACAAUCACAAGGAAUGCCACUGAACCAUGAUAUGUUCAGCACUGGUGAUGUCGCCCAGGGCUGCGGUCAUGUCCCACGAACAGUCUACGAGGGCCUCAGAACAACCGGUGCCGAUUUCGUGACCAACAAGAACACCAGGGGCAAUAUAACUAUCAUCACCGAUACAACCGUAGACAAGGUUGUAUUUAGACAGGAUGGCAGCCAGACUCGCGCAUCGGGUGUCGUUACGAAGGCCGCAGAUGGUACAUCCAAGACGUUCAAUGCCCGGAAAGAAAUAAUUAUUUCGGGAGGCGCAUACUGCAGUCCUGCAAUUCUGCUUCGUUCAGGUAUUGGACCUAAAGAAGAGCUGAACAAGCAUCAAAUUCCGAUUACAAAGAUUUCCCCUGGAGUCGGUAAAAAUCUUAUGGACCACCUUAUCGUAUUUAUCUUCUACGAAACCGAAAAAGCAGGCCUAACAAACGACUACGCCGUCCACCACGACAACAACUUCGAAACAACAUACCAACUCUGGAAAGAGAAGAAAACAGGCUUCCUCUCCACAUUCCCAUUCGGAGUCUUCGCCUUCGCCAGACUAGACGAGCGCCUAAAAGACGAGCCACUCUGGAAAAACGCCGCCCGCCUUCCAGGCCGUGAUCCAAUGGGCCUAACACCUAGCCAACCAAACAUCGAAUUUUUCACAACAGAAUGCUACGGCGGUCCAAAGCAAUACGAUCAGCCCCCAGUGGAACAUAAGCAUGCAUUUUCCAUUAUUGCAGAGCUCUUUGCGCCUAAGUCUCGGGGUUCCAUUACGCUGAGCUCGGCCGAUGCGUUGGUUAAUCCUGUUGUUGAUUGUAAUUAUUUAGGUGAUCCGAUGGAUAUGUUGGUUCUUAGUGAGGCUUGUCGGUUUGGGAAUGAGGUUGUUAUGAAGGGGGCCGGGACGAAGGAUAUUGUUAAGGGGUCUUGGCCGGAUAAUUUGAAGCAUCAUACUUAUACGACGAGGGAGGAGUGGGUUCCUUAUGUUAAGGAACAUGCGACUACUUGCUAUCAUGCUGCGGGUACCUGUGCGAUGGGUAGAGAUGAGAAUCCUCUGGCUGUUUUGGAUGAGAAGAUGCGGGUUAGAGGUGUUACUGGCUUGCGUGUGGCUGACUGUAGUGUUAUGCCAACAUUGCAUGGCGGACAUACUCAGAUGCCGGCUUAUGGUAUUGGAGAAAAGUGUGCGGAUCUCAUCAAAGAGACCUGGCGGCAAGCUGGGAACGUUUACCCGCGUAUUUAA